AUGAAGGUGACAGAAUAUGACGAGAAGAUGAACGCUCUUCUUACCGACUCGACGUACAAGGUUCUUCCCAAGGACCCAACUCCGAGCGUUGAACGUAAGAACAACAACUUGGUAGACCGACUGCUGGAUUUACACCUUAUCGAUAAGGACACUGGCAAACGGUUGAGGAACAAAACAUCGAUAUGCCCACGCAUCUAUGGUCAACCGAAGGCACACAAGGCAAACCUCCCGUUGCGCCCAGUAGUCCCAAACAUCACGGCGCCGACCUACCAACUCUCCAAGUACCUGUCCAGCAUCCUAAAACAGGCACACCAAAGCAUUUUCAACAUCAAAGACAGCUUCACCUUUGUAGAACAGAUACGGAACGUGACGUUGCCCCCCGACUACUGCUUGGUGUCGUUCGAUGUCGUCUCGCUAUUUACGAACGUCCCUAAACUGUUGGUUAUCCACGACAUCAUUGCGUGCUGGGACGUAAUACAACGGGCAACGGACAUCGACCUCAGCCUUUUCCUCGAAUUGGUAGAGUUUCUGUUGGACAAUAGCUACUUCUGCUUUCGAGGAAAGUUCUACAUGCAAACGUUUGGGACAGCCAUGGGGAGCCCGAUUUCGCCAAUUUUGGCCGACCUCGUCAUGGAGAUUCUCUUGCUGAAUGUACUACGCCAGCUUGAGUUCGAGGUUCCGGUGCUCUACAAAUACGUAGACGAUCUGCUGAUCGCUCUACCAAACGACAAAACUCACGACACGUUGGCGUUGUUCAACAGCUACAACGAACAUUUGCAGUUCACGAUGGAAGAAGAGAGAGACAGCAAAAUACCGUUCCUGGACACCGUCGUCAUCAGGAACCAAGACCAGACCGUGUCAACCGAAUGGUAUUCCAAGCCCAUCGCAUCUGGGCGGCUGUUAAACUACCUGUCGUUUCAUCCAACGGGAAUGAAAAUCAACGUAGCUGCCAACUUCAUCCACCGAGUGACAUCCCUUACGACCGACCAGCCCCUACAACAGCAAAAACAAAUCAUUUUUAAACACCUGCGCCUCAACAAUUAUCCAACAACCCUCAUCAACCGGCUGUGGUCCCGCAAUAACAUGAACAACACAACAGCACCACCAACAACACCAUCCCCCUAG